UUCAAUACUACAGUGUUGAAUUCAGUUGUUGGUAUCAUGUUCAUCUUCGUUACAUCUUGGACGUUGGUUUUUCUUGCCUUUACAGUUAUCGAGUGUGCUGCUGUUACGAAACUCCCCUAUUUCUAUAAACCACUAUGUGGGAAUGGUGAUCAGCACAUUGUCACGUACAGUUUAGAGAACUAUCCACCGUGGACCAGUAUGUCAGAACAAGCUGUUCAACAACAAGUUGUUAUCUCAUUUGAGGCUUGGAACCGCGCUUCUGGUAAUUCACUCAGUUUUUUGCCAGCAGAGUCCAAGAAGAAUGCAGAUAUUCUGAUAUCAUUUAAAGAAGGGAAGCACAGAUGUGUCAGAUCUCCUUGUGUGAUGACAGAAGCUUUUCCGGAAACCAAUUACGUGCUAGCACAUACCUUCAACCCAGAAGGAGGAUCUGAAGUACACAUAAACGCGCGUAUAUUGUGGAUAGAAAGCUGUAAGGAUCUCAGAACACAUCAUUAUACCCACGUGACAGCUUAUGCAGUUCUAAAAGAUAUACUGACCCAUGAGAUCGGUCAUGCAGUGGGAAUCAAACACCUAAAAGGAGAGAAGACGAUAAUGCACUCUGGGUACUCAGCCUGCUCGGGCAUGGCACCGUCUAUUGGUCAACUUGAUUACCAUGUCAUGGAUAUGAUCGCGAAGUACUGCAACGAACACAAACAUUAGCGUUAAUAAAAUAAAUAUUUAGUUAAGUUAAUACUAACUAAGUUAAUACUUAUAAUGGAACUUAUUUUAAAGAUUUAACAUUAGUAUGAGAUUAACUGAUUAAGUAGUGAAUAGUUAUAGUGUUGAACUUGACUUGAUAUGAUCUAGGAAAUUAUUUAAAUUCUGUCACUUAGUGAAGCACCGCUGAUAUUUAUUAAUUCUUGUUUAACUUACGAGUUUCAGAAUCAAAAAAAGGUUAAUUAAGUAUGA